UUUCCCCUCAAUUCCACGAUGUAAAACCCAAAUGAACCCCAAAACAACCACAACUCAAACUGCCCACGUGAACACGUGGGCCCGUAGGCGCCCAUCGCCGAUGAGCGCGAUGCAGGCUCCCUUCGCCUCCGUCUAUAACCCUCUGCAGGCACAGACCUCCGAGCUGCCGCAGCGGAGGCACAGCACCUCCUCCGUCCCCAGCCAAGUUCGAGUGGGGCCAGAGCAGCUGAAGCGCGCAGCCCAGGUCUGCCCCAACAGCCCCGUGGAAGUGGAAGUGCCGGGACUCAAAGUGGUGCAUGUGCAGUUCAAUUCUCCCCUGCAGCUCUAUUCGCAGAGCAACAUCAUGGAUUCCCUGCAGGGGCAGAUCUCUUCUGUUAGCCCCGAUUUCCCCAGUUUAGAUCAGCAUAACCAGCCCCCAGGCGGCAUCGUCAUAGACAGAGAAUCUGAGGUUUACAAGAUGCUCCAGGAGAAUCAAGAGUCGAAUGAGCCACCCAGACAAUCUGCUUCCUUCCUUGUGUUGCAAGAGAUUUUGGAGUCAGAAGAGAGAGGAGACCCUACCAAACCAUCUGGAUUUAGGAGCGUCAAAGCCCCCACCACAAAGGUGGCGUCAUCCAUUGGGAACGCCCAGAAGCUGCCCAUGUGCGAGAAGUGUGGAUCUGGCAUUGUAGGGGUGUUUGUGAAGAUCCGGGACAAGCAGCGUCACCCCGAGUGCUACGUGUGCAGCGACUGUGGCACCAACCUCAAGCAGAAAGGACACUUCUUCGUGGAAGACCAAAUCUACUGCGAGAAGCAUGCCCGGGAGCGGGUGACUCCUCCAGAGGGCUACGAGGUGGUCACUGUCUUUCCAAAGUAAACUGUGCUGCUCACAAAGCCAGUGUGGAUGGUUUUGCCUCUGCUGCUUUUCCUUGGAAAGCAUCAUCCCUGCCCCCCGCCGAAUCUUCUUUGCAAUAAGGAAUGCUAGGCAUGGCUUUGAAAUUCUUUGCCAUAAUUCUCCAUCUGUUCACAUGAGAUGUCACUAAUUGUUCAACAUUCUUUUUGUCUCCUCUUUCACUGUUUGUUUGGUUUUUUUUUUAAAUACACAGAAAUUCCACCCCCUGACCUCCUCUUUGUGCUGUCAAUUGCACAGGAAAAUCAGAGGCCAGAAUCAGAUUACAGCUCUUCUGUGUCCCAGUUAUUUGCCUUCUGUUUGCAUUCAAUAAACAGGGUGAAUCC